GCGCCGCCUAGAGUUAUAGGCUCCGCCUACGCGCGCUGAGCCGACCAAUGUCUGCACCCGCAGACGUGGACGCGCCUACUAGCGUGUACGCGCAUGAGCCAAGAUCUCUGGACUUUCUUUGCUGGAACACGAACGUAAGUAUAGAUUUAUUGAUUUAUUGCUACAUUCGCAGUAAAGAUCAGCCUUUGUGUUUCCAUCAUCAUUUAUGUAUGAUUGUAAUGACGUUGUUUGAUAUUAGGACUAGCAGUAAAACUUUAUAUUCUGUAAAAAAAGGCUAUUUUAUUUCCAGCGCCGCCUCCCAAAAUGCUUUGCAUGGGGACGUGCGUCUGACCUCACGUAUACAGAAAAUUCAAAAUGGCUGCACGCGGUAGGUGAGGCCCGAGCGAAGAAAAGUGGAAAAGAGUGUUAUUCGUCAAAAAACCCACACAACGACGGUCAUUUUUUCGCCGUGCUAUUGUAAAAUUGUCUUUUAUCUGUGUUUUGUGUUCCGGGGGACCCCGACUCCAGAAUGUGAAAGUUUCCCGUGUGAAGCCGUGGAGCUCGAGAUCCUGUUUACUGUGGACUAGCUGUGUGUGACGCCAUGUUGUUUUUGUUUCCAUUACAAAAAAAAGCUCCACCAUCUCGCCGAGUGCCAGCAAGAGUCAUGAGUACUUGUCAACUCGACUCCUCAACUGGAGAUAACUUUCUAGCACCUCACCAUGGGGAAGGAUGUAUUCAUAUGCCUUCACCAGCACAUGCAUUAAACAUGCAGAGAGUUACACAAGUUCUUACCACCUUGGGGCACCAUUCAGACAACUACAAAGACGCAUUAAAAAUAAUGCAACAAUAUGGAAAGGGCUGCAACACCUCAGACCUGCAAUCUGAGGCAGAGAAUGAGGAGCUGCCAGAAAAAAGGAACAGGAAGCCAGUCCAUCGUCUCGGGGACUCAGAUGAUAGCGAAGAAGACCCGGGAAAUAGUGACCUCACAUCUCUGGGGUUGGCAAGCCAAUUGCACAGGCAGACUCCACCGUCUCGCCGAGUGCCAGCCAGAGUCAUGAGUACUUGUCAACUCGACUCCUCAACUGGAGAUAACUUUCUAGGAACGGCAGUCCCUCCUCGACUCCCUCCACCCCCCUCACCAGCAGCCCUCAACAUGUGGCAGACAGAGGAGCCUGGAUCCAGCCUGGCCUACAGGCCAACAUGGCGAGGGGAAAGAAUGGCCGACAACAUUUCCUGCUCUGCGCCUGAGGUAAUCCACAUCCUUAGCCUGCUGGAAACUAUUAAGCACAACCAAGACCAGCUGAUUGCGAAGGUGCUGUGAGUAAAAAUGUGUUGACAAGGUCAGCCACGGACGCUGAGGUCACCAAACACGCCAUCAGGUGGUUCAACUUGGCGGGGGAUCGGGCAACGAGGAGACGAGUCCCGCUUCCACCUCCUCAGGAGGAAUAGAGAUGUAUAUGUAUAAAUA